AUGAAAAGUCACAAGACGCUGGCAGCAGCAAUGACGAGGAAGGGUGUCAGAUUUCCGACGAUUCUUGGAGUGAGCGCUCUUCCGCCGGCGGCUCUGAAGAUGACGGCUCUUCUCUAUUCGAAGAAGUUCUCACAAGCUUACUGGAAUUCUUUUUUCUUCAAACCCCAGCCGUCAACAUCGUCUUCGCACUACGACAAAACGCUGCACGAGAAUCUGAAUUUGGUGACGAAGCGUUUAAAGCUGAAAAUCCUCGAACUCCAAGAAGCGAAUCGAAGUGUGAGCUUCACGCUCGAUCAGCUCAUCGAGCUGCACCACUAUCGACAAGAGGAGCUCGACGAGCGCCUCGAGUCAAUCUCCACAAAAAUUUUCGCCGAAGAACGAAUGACGCCGAAUCGCGUCGACCAAUUCGUCGACGUGAUGAACGACAUCGAGAUUUUCGAGCUUCUACUCGACGCGUGCCGAGCGAAAUACCGAGAGCAAAGAAACGCAUAUCUAUAUAAAUUGGCCGAUGAGGAUAUAAUGAAAAGCAAUAUGGAAAGGAUAGUCGAGAUUGGCGACAAAAUUCCUGAGUGCUGCAAAAAGCGGAAACCGACGGAAAUCACCGAGGCGUUGAACGAAUUGAGUAAUCAGUUGGAAGCGAUUGCGUCUCGAAUCGAACACGACUUCUCAACGUGCCGCUCAAUUAGUCCAUGA